CCCCGCGCGUCCCCGCCGCAGCGGGCGCGCGCUCCCGAAAGGCGGCGGCGGCGGCAGCACUGGCCGCACCGGCAGCAUCAGCACUCGCAGCAUCCCCGGGCGGCCUCGGGCGGGGCCGGCCCGACGGAAAGGCGGACAGAGGGCCCUGGGGGCGCGCGGCCCGCCCAGGCUGGCCAUGGAGGGAGGCUCGUUCGGCGCGGGACGCGCGGGGGCAGCCCUGGACCCUUUGAGCUUCGCGCGGCGGCCCCAGACCCUACUGCGGGUCGCAUCCUGGGUGUUCUCCAUCGCCGUCUUCGGGCCCAUAGUCAACGAGGGCUACGUGAACGCCGACAGCGGCCCAGAGCUACGCUGCGUCUUCAACGGCAACGCGGGCGCCUGCCGCUUCGGAGUCGCGCUCGGCCUCGGGGCCUUCCUCGCCUGCGCCGGCUUCCUGCUGCUCGACGUGCGCUUCCAGCAGAUCAGCAGCGUCCGCGACCGGCGGCGCGCUGUGCUGCUCGACCUGGGCUUCUCAGGCCUCUGGUCCUUCCUGUGGUUCGUGGGCUUUUGUUUCCUCACCAACCAGUGGCAGCGCACGGCGCCUGGGCCGGGCACGGCGCAGGCGGGGGACGCGGCGCGCGCCGUAAUCACCUUCAGCUUCUUCUCCAUCCUCAGCUGGGUGGCGCUUACCGUGAAGGCCCUGCAGCGGUUCCGUCUGGGCACCGACAUGUCGCUCUUUGCCACCGAGCAGCUGGGUGCUGGGGCGGGCCAGACCUACCCGGGCUACCCGGUGGGCAGCGGUGUGGAAGGCACGGAGACCUACCAGAGCCCGCCCUUCACCGAGACCCUGGACACCAGUCCCAAAGGGUACCAGGUCCCUGCCUACUAGAGGCCAGCAGGCCCAGACGAGGCGCAAAGGCUGCCCCACCCAUGCAGGGUCCAAGGCCUCCUGGGGCCUCCCUCAGGUCCUCCCGGCCCAGCAGCAGGGAGUGGAUGCUGUGGGUCAUCUGGGGCCAAGAGAAGGUGGCCUCCAGGGUGCCUAGGCUAUGCCCCCCAAGUUCCUCCGGUCCCUUUAGUCCCCAGCUCAGGGCCAGAGGUCCUGAGGAGGGAACAUCAUGGCCCUGGGCACGUGUCCUCCAGCCUCAAAUGGACCAGUCUGGCAGGGAGCCAUUCCCCUUGUGAGCCAGCUAAGGCUCACCUGCCCACUCCGGGGUCAGAGGUCCAGCUGCCCUCCAUAGCCGGGUGCGGGGGCUGCCCUGGACUCGGGGUGCCUAGGGGAAGGGACACCGCCCUCACCCCGUGGCCCGGCAAGCGUGGCCAGUUCCCCACCCCCUGUCCCCGUGGAUAGUGGUGGUCCUCGCUCUGCCCUGGUGUCUCACCCUGCGGGGCCCCCUGCUCUCCCUGGAGCUGCCCCCGUUUCCUCUCACAGGCACACUAGAGUAGCCCGGCCCUGUGGAUGUUGUGAUUGUGGUCAAGUCUAAAGGUUUCAUCUUGUAGUUCCCCACAAGCAGCCCCUCUGUCUGUGGCCCCAGCUCCAGCCCUUACCUGCCUCAGCCCAGGCCCCUGCUGGGGUGCGGGCAGCUCUGGCCAGGAAAGCACAACAUGGCUAUAGGCCUGAGUAUCACCCUCUCGCAGCCUUUCAGUAAGACCUUGCCCCAGGGAGGCUCCAGACACUGGGUGCCUGCAGGACACGCCCCCCACAAGGAGAGGUCUCGAGGCUCCACCUGCCCGCCAUGCCCUGGAGACGGCCAUUCCCUGCAAACCCCUUUACAUAGGCCUCCUCGACUAGUCCAGCUCCCCACACUGCACCCCACUUUAAGGCCCAGCCCGAGGUGGGGGGGGGUCCCUUUGCAUAGCUGAGUACUCAUGCAUUGCUCGAAGCUGGCUUUUCACAUUAAGUCAAUACCAAAUGCGGUUGCCACAUUCAUUCUUACAGAUGCCUCUCUCAGGAGUUGCAGUUGAGUGACAACCCUGUACAUUGUAGCAUAGACCAAUUAUUUGUGGAUAUUUAAGUGAACAUGUUUACAAUUUUUGUAUAUAUGGAUCUCUCCUUCCCUCUUCUGAAAGAACAAUCCGUGAUUGUGUAUUUUCAGUGUCCCAUGUUCCAACUGCAACUUCUUUACAAUAAAGACGGUAAAUGAG